AUGCUAUCUAUUGUUGAAAGUAAACGUAAUAAACCAAUUUUAUUACUUGAUACUUUUCGCUGCAUACAAAACAAAAUUUUAAACACAACUGUUUAUUGGAAAUGUGAAAAUCGUUCAUGUCCUGGACGUCCUAUACAAUAUAGUUCCAAUCCAGCCAGCAUGAAGAAAUCACAUAAUCAUGAUGCUGAUGAAAUGAAAUGUAAAAAGGAAGAAUUUCCAAUGAAAUUAAAACUUCUCUAUAAUAAAUUUUUUUUUGAUAAACUUAUCUACGAAUAA